GCACUUUUCCACUCGCCGCUUGACGACAACCAGCAACAACAGCAGCAGCAGACGAUGGCGCUUGGUGUGGCACAGCCUGCGGCGACGGGGCCCAGUGCCGCUGCAUCCACGCGACGAUCAACAACAACGACAAGAACAGCAACGACGGCUCGCUUGCAGCAUCAACACGCACAACCAGACACGGGCGUGCAAACUCCAGAUGAGGUGGCGUUUGUGACGUGGGUGCCGGGUGAGGAGUAUGUCAAGGCGCUGGUGGUGAAGAACGUGCGCUACAAGGCCAUCAAGGUGUCGUGCGAGAAGCGCGGGAGCCACUUCUCCCUCCGCAAGAAAAUCAAGAACGUCAUGGUGAGCCCAGGCACCACGUUGCACAUCCCCAUCGUGUUCACCCCAACAGAGGCCGUCGAUUACUCCGACAGCAUCACUGUCGCCGUGGACGAUGGCAGCGCCGUGCACGUGCGGCUGCGGGCGGAUGCACCGCGCCCAGAGCUCAAGAUGCCGGGCAUUGUCGACCUCGAUCUCCUCGCCGUCGGCAGCACCACAUCCAAGGUCGUGCCCAUGCAGAACACCAGCAAGUUCACCAUCACAUGGAAGCUGGGCCAGCCAGAGGAUUUCAGCAUUGCCCCCACCUUCGGCGUGCUCGCGCCCGGCGAGACGCAGGCGCUCACCGUCACCUUCAGCCCCACGCGCGCCGACCGGUACGAGGUGGCUGCGCCCAUCAAGUACGACGCCGAUGACGGCGAGCACUGUGGCCAGACGGAGCUGUGGCUGCGCGGCGUGUCCAAGUAUCCGCACGUGGUGCUGGCCAACGGGGCGCGCGAGGAGCUGGUCGACUUUGGCGAGGUGCACGCAGGCGGCGUGGUGGAGCGCAGCGUGACGCUGUACAACCACUCGCCGGUCGAUGCCCCGUAUGUGAUGCGGCACUCCUUCCUUGGCACAUCGUGCCUGACGCUGUACGGCAACACGGGCACGGUCCCCGCCAACAGCACCACCACCAUCAACAUCACCUACACCGCCGGUCGCCUCUACCACCACUGCAACGAGUAUCUCACCUUCAAGUUCCACGCGGGCACGCAGCUGCGCAUCGCCUGCAAGGGCGACACCAUCUCUCCGUCUGUCCUCUGCAGCCACAGCAGGGUGGACUGUGGUCUUGUUCCUGUCGGCGACACGCACACGCAGUCAAUCACCCUGCGAAACAUUGCCGACAUGCCCGUGCGUGUGUCGUGGAUCUCAGCACAUGCCGCAGCCGUCGUUGUGCGCGGGAAACAGCACAGCACUGACGGUGAUGGUAGUGGUGACCGUGAUGGUGGCGAUGCGUAUAUGUGCACGAUGCCCGAGCUGAGCACACUUGAACUUGAGGUUGUCUUCACGCCAAGUGCCGACGUGCACUACUGCCAGCGUGUGGAGAUUGCCAUUGAGAACCACAAGCCCGUGGUCUUGGAGGUGGUUGGUCGUGGCACGCGUGGUGAUGGUCGUCAUGCCGUGAUGGGCAUGGAGGCAGACGCUGCCAUGCGCCAGCGGGAGCGGGGUGGAUAUGCACACCUCGCACCAUCGCAGGUCGCAUCAUACGUACAGUCCGGUCUGCUCGCCCUCAAGGACGACAAGUUUGUGCCGGUGGAGAAGGAGCCCGUUGAGCCAACACCGGACCCAACACCCGUUGAGAAGCGAGGGUCGAUGGUGAGUCACGAGCCGACAACCCCCGCGCCAUCGCCGCCGCAGCCGCAGGAGACGGACGCGCCGUUGACUGUGCUGUCACCAGCCAUUGUGGACUUUGGGUCGUGCCCUGCCGGCUCAAAGAAGAAGGUGGCGGGUAUCGCGCCGCAGGUCAUCAGCGUCCAGAACACGGCGCAGGCCGACGUGGAGGUCGUCUGGCCAGACCUAAACGCGUUUGGGUACCCGUUUUCCAUCCAGCCACAAACGGCCACAAUUGCCCCGGAGGAAACAGCCAGUUUCCAGAUUGUGUUCCGCCCCGUGCACACGGGCCAGCAGUACAACUGCACGGUGGAGGGUGUGGUGAACUUUGCGGAGAGCAUUCGCACAGACGACGGCGCGCUCAUGAACCACCCGUGGACCAUCAUGGCGCACAUCAUGGGCAACACGCACCAGAGCGACGCGGAGACUGAGGCGUUACCGGCGUUUGAGGUUCACCCAACCGCUGUGGCGCUCCCGCCAACCAGCCCCAACCAGCCAUCAUACGGCACGGUGGAGCUGAGCAACCCCUCGGAUGCCCCACUUGUCGUGCUGCUGACACCGCCAUCGCACCAGCACAGCGACACGAUGACACUUCGCCCCACGACGCGGCGCCACCUGCUGCUGCCGCGCCAGGUUCGGCUGGCCUCCUUUGCUGCGAUCCCAACCAAGGCCGACUUCAUGGAGAGCGUGCUGUGCGUGUCGAUGGUCAACAGCAGCGAUGAGCGGGAGAUGGAGGACACCACCAACGUGCGCGUGAGUGUGUCGAGUGUGACCCCAUCGCUCCGCUUCAGCACAGACAUGCUCAACCUUGGCAUUGUCCCCGUUGGCCACGACCUGCGGCGGUCUGUGCGCCUGCGCAACACGUGUGCGCUGUCGUGCUUCUAUGAGCUGCGGUGCAGUGCCCGCAAUGGCGGCGUCGUUCAACUCGUCACCACUGGCGGACUGCUCGAGCCCAACGACGAGCAAGACAUUGCUGUUGUUGUGUCUGCGCAGGACAGCGGCUACAGGGAGGAGACCAUCACCCUGCGCUACGGCAGCGUGAAGGGCCAGCACCAGCACGAGCUGCGCCUCCCAAUUGCACUCACUGCUGAGUUUCCGCUGUUGCAAGGGCACAUGCGCACCGCUGAUGGCGCAUGUGUUGAAGCCGCAGCCAGCGGUGGCAGCAGCAAUCAGGAUGGCGACGCAGCGCAGCAGCAGCAGAAGCAGCAGCAGCAGCGGGAGUCGAGGACUACACCGACACCCUCGCCUGACAACAUGGAUGGAGAAGCAGGCAUCAACGCUGUCAGCACUUUUGACAUUGGCACACUUGUCGUUGGAGAGACGAAACGGGUGGAGGUGGUGUUGACCAACGUGUCGAGCGUCACAGCGCACUGUCAGCUCGAACACAACAUCGGCUCAAUCGCUGCCCUCAGCGAACACAUGGUGACGCUGCCACCGCGGUGCAACAAGAGCGUGUGGAUGUCGAUAACGCCGCGCCACGAGGGCGAGGACAUGUUCAUGCUCACGGCCGAUGCGCUGGAUGCAGACGGCGUUGUGCUGGCGUCCCACCCGGUCGUGGCCGGCCUGUAUCGUGGCAUCCGUGCAAAGCUGAUUGUGUCUGACGUGCGGUCCGAGCACUGCGGACCGCUUGCACUGCGGGCGCAGCUGAGCAUUGAUGGUGUGAACGCAGCGCUCGCCCCCAUUGGCAACCGUACGCCGCCAGAGACAGAGUUCAACCUCGACCUAGGCUGCCGUGCGCACCUCACCAGCGACACGGUCGUGACGCUGCAACUGCGCAACUGCAGCGGGUGCGUGUGCCGGUGGAAGGCGCUGUUGCCGCGCGACCACACGUGGAGCGAGGCUGGCUGGGCAGCGGAGGAGCCGCUCGAGGUCACCAUGCGCAAGGCAGGACGCGCCACGUCACACGUGUCGGCAUCGACCGCUGCAGCCGGCGGCGGUCGCAGUCACGGCGGUAGUGGUGGUGACCGCCAUAGUGAUGAUGACAGCUUGUUUGAGGUUGAGCCACGGCGUGGGGAGCUGGCGGCGGGUGCAACGUGCCUGGUGACGCUUCGCUACCGCCACGAUCACGUGGGCGACCACGUUGUGCCGCUCAUCCUGAAGCAAGACCUGACCCCAACCACGCUGCGGCUGAACCUUUGUGGACAGACCCUGCCUUCAGGCACGCCGCAUCUCGUUGUCCAUCCGCAGGCGACGUGGACCCUGCACCCGGUCUCCAUUGGCAUGCACAACCCGCCACAGCAGUUUAUGCGCCUGUACAACCCGAGCGACGUGGCUGCGGCGUUCCGUGUGGAUGUAGCGGCGCUCGAGGCGCUGGCCGCAGCCAACUAUGGCGUGGAGGUCUUCCACUGCAACACGCUGAGCGGGCGCGUUGGUGCUGGGGAGAGCAUGGAUGUGUCGUGGGUGUUUCGCCCCAUUGAGGCGCGCGAGUACCAGGUGACGGUGGCGGUGCAUGUGGACGGGAUGGCGGACAGCCCCGUGCUCAUCACACUGCGCGGAGAGGGCGUUGAUCCGCGCCAGGAGCAGGAGCAGCGCGCACUGCAGGAGACAAUUGGCGGCAGCGGCAGCGCCACCGACCAGGGCGGAGCGACGGACGCGUUUGGUGAUGGAUUGGCGCUGCCUGCAUCCAGCCCCAACACUGGUGCUGGCGGUGCUGGCGGUGGUGGUGAUGAUGACAUGGAGCAAGAGCAGCAGCGCCGCACACGCGAAGUGCCGAUGAGUCAACAGUUCCUUCUUCCCGGCCAGCCCGCCGUUGUGUCCUCGGAUGUGCUUGACUUUGGGACGCUGUGCCUGCAUGCAUUGUCCCGGCGGGUGCUGUUUCUGCGGAGUUGCACGGACCGCGUUGUGUCCUUCGCCUUCUCGCUGGGCAGUCUGAGCAAUGCGCUGAGCGUUGAGCCGCAGUCUGGGCUGCUGCAUCCACACGAGGUGCAGGUGUGCAAGGUGACGCUGCGUGCGGGUGGACUUGCCAGCCGGUAUGACCAGGACAUUCGUUGCACAUUCCGCGACCACGAGGGCGAGCAGGCGUACAUCGCGCACAUGCGCGAGAACGAACAGCGGGAGAAGGAGGCGGAGGAUCUGUUUACAUACACGGACGCGUAUCGCAUUGGGCGCGGUCGCUCCGGUGCAGUGCGGGCACCACGCAACACCGCCAGCGGCACAACCAGGACCAUCGUGUCCACCCGCACCAGCACCGACGCAGGGUCUGUCGUUGUCGACGCCACUGCCUUUUCCCACAAGGUGCUUGACCCAGGCCCUGCCCCCACCCUCUCCAACACGCUGUCGCGCUCGCUACGUGACUCGAGUAGGCCACCCUCUGGCUCUGUUCGUCUGCAGCCCGUGGUUGGUGCCCGCAAGGUCGCUGUCUCAGACACAGACCUCCGCUCAUCAAAAUACCAGACUCUGCCGCCGAUCAAGGUGAAGGAACAGCCACGCCUGUCCACCCCUCCACCGCCCGCGCACCCGUUUGAUCUGUUUGUGCGCGUGCGCUGCGAGCUGCUGUGCCGCCACGACAUGCCCGCCACCCGCGUCAAGAGCAUGUUUGUCGACCAGUCUGUUGUGGAGACGACGGCGAGCACAGGCAGCGAUGGCAGCGAUGAAAUGGCGACGCUCAAAGCGAUGGCAGAUGUGGAUGACCACGUGCAGUCCGCAGCAGAUGUCCUCAUGCUGAUGCUUCGCGAGGCAACGAGCGAGGCAACCUUCCUUGACGCUCUCAACACAACAGCCGACGAAGCACCGCCAAGCUUCCUCUCCAUUCGCGCGUCAGCAGCGUCCCACCAGUCAUCCUCGUCGUCAUCCUCGUCGUCAUCAUCAUCGCCCCAGCUGCAAGCGUCGCAGGAUGUGGGUGAUGGCGAGGUGCGCCCGUCGGAGGUGGCGUUUGUUGAGCGCAUCUUGGACGAGACCUUGUGCAAUCUCUUGCUGGAGCUCGAGGAAGACGAGGCGAGUGAUGAUGCUGACGAUGGUGAAGGUGGUGGUGCUGGUGAUGAUGGUGAGGACAGGAGGUGAUGGUGAAGGUGGUGGUGCUGGUGAUGAUGGUGAGGACAGGAGGUGAUGGUGGUGGUGGUGGGUGAUACGACCGGCUUGCAGCAGCUGCUUUGUCCGUGCUGUGGUUUUGUGUGAAGUGAGGGCUUUGUUGCUGUUGACUGUACACAUGGGUGACUGGCGUGUCUCGCUCGGCUUACGUUGUGUUGAGUGUGAUGAAGAUGAUUAUAUGUCAGUGGAGGGCGUGUUGUCAUUCAAUGUCAUGAGUGAACUGAGCAAUAAUGAGAAUGAAAACAACACCACCAGGAG